AUGUUGGCAAGAAAAACCAAGGUCUGUUCAAGAAUUAUUGGAACUAGUCCAACUAUUUCACGGCAAUCCGACAACUUGCUCGGUGUAUUGGGAUCUACCGUCGAGGCUUGUUUCAAUAUCACAGGAAGUCCCAAGCCUUCUCUCAAAAUCAACAAAACACACAAUAACAGCGCCAAUGUGUCUUCGAUUAACACAGAAAACGGUUGCAUCUACUUCAGACCUCUAGAACUUAGCGACGCCGGAAAUGUUACUGUAAUAGCGAAAAAUUGUUUUGGAAAAUCAAAGCUGACUCUUCAAAUUCAAAUUGUUCAAAAACCAUCUCCUAGUCCAACUACGUUUCAGUGUACAAAAAAUAUCACUCAAUAUGAAGCACAUACAACAAAACUUACAACAACUAAUAGAACCCGUGUUUCCAGCACAUCACCAAACACAUUCAUUUUGAUUUACAAUGGGAAAACUGUGGUGUCGAAUGCAUCAAUAAUCACCGUGUCUGUGAAUUCCACACUAACGAUGCAAUACACUGUGAAACAUUUACACGAUAAACUACACUUUUGUCAUAAUGAGAAGACAACGGAUCGUGUGUUUGAUCGCCAUCCAUUCUUAAUCAUACCAAACGUACAACAAUCAGACAGUGGAAUAUACGAAAUCAUAGCAAAAGAUGAAGAUGGAGAUACGAAAUUGUAUUUCAAGCUUCAAUUAAAAACAUCUUAUUCUGCAACGAAUAAUCCGAGUACAACAGAUACAUCUACAACGGAUACAUCGGGUACAACGAAAAGAUUAGUGCCUACCGAUAAAUUUACCACGGAAGUAGCAAAUGGCUACACAAGGCGUUUGACAUCGACAAUAGCUACAACGUCAAGUCUUGACUCCACUAGACGAUCCAACACGUCGGAAAACAUAAAAAUGUGGACUACAGUACUCAUUGUCGUCUCGAUCUGUAUUCUUGUCUUUGCUCUACCAACUGCUUUUCUCUUUUACAAACAUCGUCAACGCUUGAAUUUCUUAACUCGCAGACUAGACAAUGGAAAAAGUGGUAUGACUCGUUUCUUCAACAGCUUAAAGUUAACUGCUUGGGUUGCAAGAGAACAGAGAAUUCUUACAGAUGAAUACGACAAACAGAAAGCAACUUUUAUUAGAAGUGAAGAAACAGUUACAGUGGGGAUAUCUAAUCCAACUGCUGAGGAAGGUGUCUACGAGUACGUUGAAGAGGAUCAAGUGUGGCAAGUCAUGGUAGAGUCAUCUCAUGAUUCACUAUCAGAUAUUGCUGUUCAAGAAAAUGCAGCUUACGAAUUAGCAGUUGAAUCACAGUGA